AUGGACAAGAAAUUAUUUUUAAUAGCUUGUUUUCAUUCCAGUAACGGAGAUUCAACUAAUUUGAGUAAAAUAUACAGGAAAUUUUUCGAUUCACAAGAGUUCAUUAAUUUAGUUAUAGUAUUAUGGCCUGAACUAGACGAUUCGAUAAAUUUGAAAUUUUUGUUUCAAACGAAUAACUCAAAUAGUAAUGAACUUGGGAUAAAAAAAAAUAAUAACAAUGAUAACAAUAAUGAUGAUCUUAUCAUUUCACAAAUUUCUAAUUGUCCAGAUUUAUUGUAUAUGGUUGAGAUGGACAAUGAAACCAUUGAUAAAAGAUAUGAUGAAGUCCAACGUUAUGUUAAUAGUAAAUUGAAUGAACUAGGAUUAUUAGAUGAUAAGUUGAAUUGGUUCCAAAAAAGGGUUAUUAUAUGUAAUGAAGCUAAUCCAAGUAAUACAUUGGCCUAUGAACCAUUAUGGCAUUUAAUAAAGGGGCAAAAUUCAGAAAUUGACCAAUGGAUGGAGGGUAUCGUAAAACCUCUCUCAUAUUUCAAUAAAAGACUAUCUACUCAGGUUAAGAUUCGUGAUUUUGAAGAUGUCAUAUUGCAGGAAAAUAAUAUGUUUGAAUGGUUUAAUUCAAAUGACCCUAAUGUUUUAGAAAAUGAAUUGAUUCCUUAUUUGACAUAUGAUAAUAAGUUUUAUAAAUUGUUUCUUAAUGAUUAUUAUAAUGAAAAUAAAUUGGUGAUCAAUAACCCUUUACAGUACCAAAAACUUAAUAAAUUAUUUGAAAUAUUGAGAAGCAUAACAUUCGAAAAAGAUUUAUCUGAAAUAGAAUCCAAAACAAUGGAUAUAUUAUUUGUCAAUAGUAAAGAAAUGGUUAGCUUUAUCGAUAUAAGACAAAUCGUUAACGAUUUUUUGAAUCAAAUUGAUGAUGAUGCAACAUCAAGUAAAUAUCCCAUUACUAACAAAGAAAUCAAAAUGUAUUGCCAGUCUGUGAAGGAUUAUUCAUCAAUAAUUAACUACAGUCUAAUAGAUUUAUACAUUAUCUCAAAUGGUGAUAAAGAAACACAAUUUACAAAAUUUACUGAUUUAUGUGAUACAGUAUUCAGAUGCAAUGAAAAUAGAGUCUUGGAUUUAUUAAAGCCUAUCACAUUAUUUAAUAAAAUAAAUUUUAGUGAUAAAAGUGACAUGGAUCGAGUCAUCAAGAUAGUCUUAGAGACAACCUUACAAUUUGAGAAAUUUCAUUUAAUUUCACUAACAGUUGAUAGAAUAUCGCCAAAUGAGAAUAACAUAGAGAAAAUUGUUAUUUUAUUAGUUGAUAAAUUUUGGCAAUAUUUCCAUAAUGCUAACAGAAUAAAUUCGAUAGAAUUCUCAAAUGCAGAGACUCUACUAAAAUAUAUAAAUGAAUAUGAUACUUAUCAUAAAUAUUCAAAUAGACUUAACCAAUUGACUUCACUGUGUCGUGAUUUAUAUAUAUCAUCAAAAUGGAAAUUUCAAGGUACGGAUGGAGAUAAGGUAAACAGAUCAUUCACGGACACAACUACAAAAUCUCCUAAUAGUAUAUUAAAAUAUAGAGAUUGUCCAAUUGAGAUAAUUAGGAUUUUACUAGAAUUGAAUCCAAAUUUCUAUCGUCACGAUAUAAGAGAAGUCACAUGGCCAUUAUGGAACAAAAUACUGAUAAGUUUACAAUGCCCUGAAAAGGAAACAGAUUUCACAGACCUAUUAUCAUUACAUAUCGAUUAUUCAUUGGUUUAUAAUGAUUUCUCAUAUGCAUCUAGCCAUGUUAACGAAUUACUAGAAGAGGAUGAAAAUGGUCGAAGGUAUUGGUUAACUAUAUUCCAAGUUGCAAAAUAUCGACUUAUGGACAAUGAUAUGAUUAAUUGUAAAGGUGAGGAUAACGAGGCUGACUUAAAUAUUAUUUCCAAACAAAUGCAGAUACUAAGUAGUCUUUUAAAAAUUUGUCCGGAAGAAGAGAUCGAGAUUGUCACAAAUCAAUGGAAUAAUUUGAACUUACAAAUACAAAAUAUUUAUUCAAAAGAAAUGAAUAAAUGA